AUGGACUCCAUCGCCGCCGCGGAGUCGGGCCACCUCGGCCUGCCGCUCGGCGCCGCGGAGAUGGGCGCGGUGCUCUACGGCCAGUCCAUGAACUACAACCCCGACGAGCCCAAGUGGAUCAACCGCGACCGCUUCGUGCUGUCGGCGGGCCACGGCUCCAUGUUCCUCUACUCGUGGCUCCACCUCGCGGGCUUCGACCUCAGCAAGGACGAGGUCGCCAACUUCCGCCAGCACCACUCCAUGACGCCCGGCCACCCCGAGUUCCCCAACUCGGAGCACGUGACGCCCGGCAUCGAGGCCACGACGGGCCCCCUCGGCGCGGGCGUGUCCAACUGCGCGGGCCUCGCGGCCGCGUCGAAGAUGUCGGCGGCCAUCUUCAACACGGACGACCACACCAUCUUCGACAACCACAUCUUCUGCAUCGUCGGCGACGGCUGCCUCCAGGAGGGCGUCUCCGCCGAGGCCGCGUGCUUCUCGGCGCACGAGAAGCUCGACAACCUCAUCGUGCUCUACGACGCCAACGACGUCACCCUCGACAAGAUGGCCGAGUUCACGCAGUCCGAGGACGUCGGCGCGCGCUACGAGGCCUACGGCUGGGACGUGAUCACGCUCCUCGACGGCCACGACCUCAAGGCCUUGUACGAGGCGACCGAGGAGGCCAAGUCGAACAACAACGGCAAGCCCACCCUGAUCAUCUGCAAGACGGAGAUCGGCCGCGGCAUCGACGAGGUCGCGGGCACGAACGCGGCCCACGGCGAGGCCGGCGUCGCCUACGUCGACGGCGCGCGCAAGGCGCUCGGCCUCCCCGAGGAGAAGUGGUUCGUGUCCGACGACACCUACAAGUUCUUCGCGGACCGCAAGGCGACGCUCAAGGCGGGCUACGAGGCCUGGGAGGCGACCUACGACGCCUGGAAGGGCGCCAACCCCGACCUCGCCAAGACGCUCCAGGACGGCAUCGACGGCGUCACGCCCUCGGUCGCCGAGCUCUUCGCGGCCAUCCCCGAGUCCAAGGGCGGCGACCAGGCCACGCGCGUCUCCGGCUCCGAGAUCAUCAACAACAUCGCCGACGCCGUGCCCCUCUACAUCUCGGGCUCCGCGGACCUCCACGGCUCGAACAAGAACUACAUCAAGGGCGGCGGCGACUUCGGCGCGGACUUCGGCAAGUCCUACUCCGGCCGCAACGUCUACUACGGCAUCCGCGAGCACGCCAUGGGCUGCAUCCUCAACGGCUUCGCCUACUACGGCCUCUUCCGCCCGUCCGGCGCGACGUUCCUCGUCUUCGCCGACUACAUGCGCGCGACGGUCCGCAUCGCCGCGCUCGCGGAGCUCCCCGUGUCCUACAUCUGGACCCACGACUCCAUCGGCGUCGGCGAGGACGGCCCGACGCACCAGCCCGUCGAGACGGUCACGGGCCUCCGCGCGUUCCCCAACCUCGACGUCAUCCGCCCCGCGGACUACGAGGAGACGGCCGGCGCCUACGUCGCGUCCAUCGACAAGAAGGACGGCCCCACGGCCCUCAUCCUCUCCCGCCAGAACCUCCAGGAGAUCGUCGAGGUCCCCGCGUCCGUGCGCCGCGAGGGCACGCUCAAGGGCGCCUACACGCUCGUCGAGGAGAAGGGCGACCUCGAGUGCAUCAUCAUCGCGACGGGCUCCGAGGUCCAGCACGCCUACAACGCCGCCAAGGAGCUCGGCGACGGCGUCCGCGUCGUCUCCAUGCCCUGCAUGGAGCGCUUCGACCGCCAGGACGCCGCCUACAAGGAGUCCGUCCUCCCCGCGGCCUGCCGCAAGCGCGUCGCCAUGGAGGCGGGCGUCACCACCAUGUGGUACAAGUACGUCGGCCUCGACGGCAAGGUCAUCGGCGUCGACCGCUUCGGCUUCUCCGCCCCCGGCGACAUCGUCAUGGAGGAGCUCGGCAUGACGGCCAAGAACUGCGCCGCCGAGGUCAAGGCCUACAUGGGCUAG